AUGGUUUUUGUUUUAAGUAACUUUGCUGUUGGCGGUGGAGUCUCUAUCUUUGCUCAUAACAAUCUAAAACACAAUUUUACUGAAGAACUCUCCCAAGAUGAUAACCACUACUUAUGGAUACACUUAGAAAAAUUAUCAUUAGACAUUGGCGCUAUAUAUAAACCUGGCCGAACAAAUGUCAAAAAUUUCCUAGACACUUUCUCACUUCAACUGGAUCGUAGAAAAAGAGCAGUAGUUUUUGGAGAUUUUAAUUUUGAUCUAUUAGAUCCAAGCAGUUCAGUGGAAGAUUAUAAGGACACUUUAACAGAAAGUGGUUUCAAAAUAAUCAAUAAAAUUGACCCUUUACAAUGCACUCGUGAAACUACUCAGAAUAAGUCCUUAAUUGAUCAUAUCUCAACGAACCUCAAAGAAAACCGGUUCCAUCUAGCUAUCAUUGAGUCAUCAAUGUCAGACCACAAGCAAAUUUAUUUUGAGAUUGAUAAAUAUCAACCACAAUCUAAACCAAAAAUCGGAUACGAAGCUAUUGAUUAUAUAAGACUCUACAAAUUAAUGGAAAAUAACAAAGUGGAUAAUAUAAAUGAAAACUAUACCGAAUUUGAAUGUAAAUUAUCACAAACCAUAAAACAAUGCAAAGUUAUUAAAGUAAAAAUUUUGAAUCCACCGAGACAAGGUUGGAUAAAUAGAAACAUUUUAGACAAAAUUAACCAGAAGAAUAUUCUGUGGCAAAAACAUAAAAAUAACCCGAAAGACGAAGGUAUCGAAAAAGACUUUAUAAGAGAAAGAAACACAGUAGCUAAAGAUAUACAACUGAUGAAAAGUAACUAUUAUCUUAAACGAUUUUUUGAAUGUAAAAAUAAACCAAAGAAAAUGUGGGACCUAUUAAAUAGUUUAGCUAAUAAUAAAACAAAAGAAAUAGCGAGUAAACUCAAGAAAGGUGACUUAGAAGUAAAAGACGGAAACAAUAUUUGUGAAUACUUUAAUGAUUUCUUCUCGACUGUUGGAUUAAAACUCGCGGAAGCUAUCCCCACAAAGUACCAUAGUAACAAAACCUAUACUAGCUCCACAACUGACGCUAAUUACGCUAAUUAUGGCCUAAGCAACCUUAAUUUAACCACAAGUAAAGAAAUUAUUACUAUAAUAAACAAACUAGAUAGUAACACUAGUUCAGGAAUUGAUAACAUAAAUACUAGGGUGAUAAAAUCUGUGAAAGGCUGCAUAUCUGAUGAACUAACUCGGUGUAUAAAUACCUGUUUUAGAACAGGGACCUUUCCCACAACACUAAAAAUUGCCAAGGUCACCCCUAUUUAUAAAUCCGGUCCUAAAUCGGAUCCCAGUAACUAUCGACCCAUUUCCGUGCUUCCGGUUCUUUCGAAGAUCUUUGAGAAAUUUCUAUAA